GAUUCCCUGCUUAACACAACCUACACCGCCGCACUUGCUUUAUUAACCCGCCUCCCCUACGUCCUCCCUUUUCCAUCGCUUAUCUUCAUCGCUUUGCUGCUCGUGUCGGUCGUCUCUGCGAAAUCCUUCUCUCGAGGUCUCGCCAUGAAACGGGGGAAAUCGAAGGCGGAUGCACCGAAGAAGGCGGACAGCAAGCUUGCUGUCAAGAAGGGAUCGGAGCGAGCGAGUAAGAAGCCGAGGAACACAAAGGCUGAGAAGGAUCCCAACAAGCCUAAGCGGCCCCCUAGCGCCUUCUUCGUCUUUAUGGAAGAGUUCAGAAAAACUUUUAAAGAAAAGCAUCCUAACAAUAAAUCCGUGGCCGUGGUCGGUAAAGCUGGUGGCGAUAAAUGGAAGUCUCUGUCUGAGGAAGAUAAGGCUCCUUACGUUACCAAGGCAGCCAAAUUGAAGACGGAGUACACUAAGAAAAUAGCAACAUACAACAACAAUCAGGCCCAGGGAGGAAGUCGCCCUGCUGCUAUUGCUGAAGAAGACGAGUCCGACAAAUCCAAGUCUGAGGUGCAUGACGACGACGAGGAUGCCGAAGGAAGCGAAGAGGAAGAGGAUGAUGAGUAGGGGACGUCUGGCUCGAGCUUCACUUGUCUGGAAGGGUGGGACUUGGACCAACCUUAGCAUAUCAAGCUCUCUUUUGAAAUGUUGUAUCGUCUUUACUAACUUGUACUUAUGCAAUAUUUUCUCUCUUUUUGUGGAUCGUUUUAUGUUUGCUAUUAUGUGAAUGGAAGAACGGUUUGGCUCGCAUAACGAAGUGAUCCAGUUUGAUAUUGCAAA